AUGUCGGACUUCCCGCCAUCGUUUGGUCGAGGAAACAUCUUUUCAGGCGGUCCUAGCAAGAACAGUACAACAACCGAUCCAUCUAAACCCCCUCGCUCAAUACAACCAACUUCAUCAACUGGUCUUGCAGAGGAAAUCAUGAAUGCGACCAUGGAGGGUGCAAGAAAUGCGUUAGAGCCAAGCAAGACUUCGGGUGAUACUAGCGAUAUAUCUUUUGACACUCACUAUUACUGCGAUACAGAAACUUCCGAGGAGGAAUACAGCACCAUGACAACCGACACAGAGAUCGAAGCUCCACCUCCACCAUCACGAGGUCUUCUCCCCAGCGAACAACCCCUUAUCCCCUUCGUUCCCGCUCGAUUGAAGAAAGGCGAACGAGCCAUGAUCACACCAGAGAUCCAAGCUCUACUCAACGCAGCCGGAGUACAACCCAACCCCAAAUACGAGGGUGAAAUCACCGCCGAAGUUCUGAACGACUUGUUGACUCCAGCUCAGGAAAACUGCGCACUACACAUCACGAAUAUCCACCCCAAAGCUGAGAUGGCGGAUCUCUUCUCCACGAUUCACCACGGGAAAGUGUAUUCUGUUGCGUGGAACGCACCGAAUGAAGAGUGGACCCAUGCAGCUGCACGACUUUGCUUUUGCGCACGCGAAGCUGCAGAAAGAUAUCUCGCGGAUGGUGGGACAGGUGAUGGGAUCCAAAUUCUCGGGCAGCGAAUCACAGUAGAAUGGAACAGAAAUAGAAAGUGUCCUGUUCCAGAAGAUGAAAGCCAUCAAUCUCGCGUGGUACAACUUCGCGGUCCACGAUCUUUCGGGUUCUCCGCUCAAGAUCUUUUAGAUUUUUUCGGCAAAGAUAUGAAAUUGUUCAUCAUCUCCCGAAAGGAAUGGGAUCACAAGACUGAUCAAAAGGUCGUAGAGUUAGCUUUUUGCGGCAUCAAAGCUCAGUCGAGAAUGGCAUUCCGCUGCUUCAAGCAGAAAGUCGCGGCACAAGGAUUAGGAGAGCAGUUCGACAUCCGAUUUGCCGCUGAUCCAUGUGAUCCAAGUGCGGCUCAAGGCAGAGACAUGUUCAUGCCUCGACCACGUACACGUCAAGUCACACCACCGCCACCACCACCACCACAACCUCGCACACUGGAUAGUAUUCGUACAUCCAGUUGGCGUUCUGGGACAUUUUCCGGACCAAAUCGAAAUGGAAAUACAAACUCCGCACAACGAGCUGGACCAAAGUAUGAGAAGGGCACCGGCCCAGAUGCAAAGUAUUGGAGACGUACUGAGUGA